AUGGCUCCAUCACGCUCAUUUCUUCUCUGGACAAUUUUCCCGUCGUUCUUUGGCCUAUGUUGCGGCUUUGAUCUCAUCGAGAUUCGACCUGAAGGGGACAAAAGAUCGCACUUAGGGGCCCGAGAUGUUUCCUCUCUCGACUUUCGAAGUGCCGCGAGUUUUUUAUGGGGAACAAACGGCACCUCCGACACAGUGUUGGCCAACUUCACCGUUUAUACUCCGGGGAGCAACGAGAACGUUCUCUCAAUGGAGACAUUCGAUGGCAUGCUGAUAUCCCAAAACUGUACCCCAAAUGGAAUGACGCUGCAAUUCGAGGAUGAUUCAACAUUCGCAUAUGCACAACAUGUCUGGGACUGGGUCAAUGGGGCCGAUAAUCACACUUUUUUGAUGAUAGCGGGGAGUGGGGAUUGUGGGAGCAAUAAACACCGAAUACCAUAUCUCGUGUCUGCCAUUUCUUACCAGGAAGACCAAAAUGUGGCCAUCCUGAACGCCACCACUGGGUCCUGGCACGACAUGGCCAAAUCGUAUCAGUUGCAAAUUGGGAGCAUUUCCACCCCGAACGAGACUCGACUGGGACGGCGCGACAUCACGCAAGGCGCCACGCUACCACUCGCCAUGGAGCUUCCCUUCACGGCCAAAGUGGAACAGGGACCUUUGGUGGGUGAACUGGAAUGUGAGAAUUGUCGGACAACAGGCCAGAUCAAUUUUGAGUUGCGCAUCACUCAAAAUGUUAUCGGCAUCCCUGAUGGAGUGGAAUUCCGGAUGAGUCCUCAGAGUGUGUCGGCGGUGGCAAAUCUCAAGUUGAAAGUCGGGAGCAAUUUCCAGACAAAGAAGGAGACUUUCAAAGAAACUGUCCUGUCUUUCCCGUUGAAUGGCAUCACUAUUCCUCCCGAUAUCUUGAACAUCGGACCAUUCUUGGAUAUCGAUGCUGGAGUCGAGCUUACGGGUCUUGAAGGCUCCAUCACCGUCAGCGCCGGAGUCACUUCAAGUCUGUCGGACUCGGCAAUCCUCCGUGCCAACCUGUUGAAUCCCCUCGAUAAUGACUUUAGCGGAUGGGAUCCCAACAUCGACUUCACGCCUCCAUCGGUCGAAGCCCAAGUGGCUGCCACCGUCCAAAUGUUCUUCAUGCCGGCGGUGAGAUUGAAAGCAGAGGCCCUUGGACAAGGUGUCGAGGCAGGAAUCGAGCUGAAAUUACCUUUUGUCGAUUUCAAAGUAGAAGCAACGGCUGAUGCAGGAGGCGGAGUAUGCGACGAUCCGAACAAGACCCUUGGAGUCGAGAUUGAACCAUCCAUUGGUGCCGAAAUCAAGUUUGAAGCGGGAACGACGGACGGAGACAAGACUCCGGUCGAUGUCACAAUUGCAACCACUUCAUUUCCUCUUGGAGGAAUUUGCCUGGGCUUCAACCCUGACGACGACAGCGACAGCGGCAGUUCUCUGCCAUCAAACAACAGCAGCAGCAACAGCACCGAGCCUUCUUCGGCAAAACCAAGCUCAUCGGCAUCCACCACCUCCUCUGCACCCGUUACAAGUUGCACUGCUGACAAUGGACUGCUCGGGACAUGUAUUUCCACCAGCUCCUGCUCCAACCAAGGUGGCAUCUCCGAGGCCGGUCAUUGUCCUGGCGGAAUCGACAUUCAAUGCUGCUACUUUUCGGAUGGAAGCGGUGACAGUUGCCAAACAAACGACGGCGUCUCUGGCACAUGCAUGUCAACAUCCGCCUGCUCAGAAGCCAAUGCGCAAUCGGUCUCCGGAUUCUGUCCGGGCCCGGCAGAUAUCCAAUGCUGUAUACCCUAG